ACCUACACGCUCAGGCUGCCAUAACAGCAAAGACCCUUACUGCAUGGUGUGAUGGUGUAACACUGAGAAGGACGGGGCAUUGAAGUGUGUUUGGCGAAGCACUUUAUAAACGUCCGUUAUUCAGGAUGUCUUACAAGAGUCUAAAUAUUAAGUACUUGCUCAGCCUCGUUCCGGGCAAACGCCAUUUUGGGACGUACAGAUUCCUUCCUAUAUUUUUUUGCAUCGGAGGAGUUAUGGAGUGGAUCAUGAUCAACGUGCGGAUAGGAAAGGAGACUUUUUAUGACGUUUACCGAAGAAAGCAAUCAGAACGACAGUACCAGAGGAAGCUAGCAGAUGGUUUAAUAAUUCCCAGUGAGCCUGAAGCCAAGUGAGCAAUGGCUGGACUUCAUCUCCCAUCAGAAGACACAUUUUUGGACUUCCACUCCUGCUUUUUGAGGGAGAGUUGAAUGGACAUCAGUUAAAACCAACAGUCAUUAUACAUUAUAAACAAGACUGAUGGAGAAAGAACUUCAAACAUGCAAGUUUUAUUGGUAAUGUCUGCUGUGAAAGGGAACACUUAUAAUCUCCACAUUUGUUCAUGAAUAUCAAUGUGAUAGUGUGUCCAUGUGUUGUUUAAAACGAAUCACAGAACAGCUACUACUUUCAGCUAAACUGUAACCUAAGAAAACUAUUCAAAAAACAUAAUAUGA